AUGACAAAUUCGAUAUCAUCCAGUGAAUUCGUCGAAUCUUUCUCUUCAUCUGCAGAUCCCAUAGAAUCAACCGUAAGACCAAAUCAAGCUGUAAGAAAGCGUGAGUAUUCUUUACUCGAAGCAGACUCUCUUCGUGAAGUCCGUACUCGGACUUUGUCUCACUGGCCACAUGUCAUACCGUGUGCUGAAUCUAUGGCAAAUGCGGGAUGGUUUUCUUGUAAUAUAUCUGAUCGAGUAAUAUGCAUUUAUUGCAAUACAAUUUGUCAUCAAUGGACGCAAGCUGACGAUCCAAUCAAAGUUCAUACUGAAUUCGCUCCUCAGUGUCCAUUCGUACUUUCUCUGCGCGACAUAAAAUCACCACUAAAGAUUGUCAAUACUUCAUUAAACCAACUAUUUGAACCUCUGCAUCCAAAUAUGGCGAAUAUUAUUCGUCGUCAAGAAACAUUCGUUAAUCCUAUGUGGACAAGUACAUCACCGAGUAUUGACGAUUUCGUCCGCGCAGGGUUCUUUUUCGCUGGUGUAUCGAAUACAGUAACAUGUUUUUAUUGCAACGGUUCAUUGCACAAAUGGGGAACAGAUGAUAAUCCCUUGGUUGAACACGCACGAUGGUUUCCAACUUGUAUCUAUGCUCGACACGCUUGUGGGGAACAGUUAUACCAGAGAAUUUCAAUGGCUAAAAAGCGACUAUUGACAGAAAAUAAACUAACCCAGGAUGAGUUGAAUCGGCUAGUCGCAGCAAGAAUGGAUUUACCUAUUGUUCAAUGUCUUCGUUCUCAAUAUAAACUGGGAAUUAUCAAACGUUGUUUCGAAGAACAAUUGAGAAUGAAAAAUGACGAUUUCGCGUCCGAUUUAGAUUUAGUCAUGGCUUGUUAUAUUGUUCAAGCACAAAUUGAUAAUAUCCAAGGUUUCAAAGACAGAAUUAUUGUUCCAUCGAAAUAUCGACAAUCAGAAAACUCGAUACAGGAAUCGAAUGAGUUACGAGGUGAAUGUUUGGUGUGUCUGACUGAAGAAAAACAAGUAGCUUGUAUUCCCUGUGGACAUAUUUGUGCUUGUGUUCCUUGUGGAUAUGCCCUGAAAUCUUGCCCUGUGUGUCGAGAGAAAAUCCAAUGCUUUUUGAGAAUCAAUACAUAG